UACGUUUGCUGGUAGAACAGUGAGAGAGAGGUAACUGUUAAGUGGCUCUUACCUGACUUGGGCACUCUCCAGUCGACCGGGCUGCUCCGUCCGAGACGGAACCUCCCACCCCGUCGUCCCGUGAAAUCCAAUUUUUUAGUUUGUUGUUUAUUUUUUUUUUGUUUUUUUUGGGGGGGGAAGUUCUACUACUCCCAAGUGUUAAACUCGUUCAUCGUCUUGUGUUUGGUUUUGAAAAUUGGCCAAUUACAAAAGAUCGUGCAUCGAUUCGAUUUGCGUUUUUCACUUGAAUUUGAUUUUAACAAAACGCGGAUCUUGGCAAGGAAGAAAAAUUUCAAAUUGAACCCUGGUGAAUUUGAAAAAAAAAAAAAAAAAAGAAUCACGUGUUAUUUGGUUGGAGACUAUUUUUGUUACCUGCUCCGGUAGUUUGUGUCGUUGACUGCCGUGAGUUUCACUCAGUGCCGUGCCAGUAGCCGCAAAGACUGUAAAUCGCAAUCUAUUUGAUUCUUCUCUUUUUUUUUUUUUUUUUUGUUGGGGUCGUAAUCGAAAAAAAAAAAAAAUAAAAAUAAAAAUCCCGAGGCUACGACGACGAUCGACGCCGGCGACCAGGCCCCCCUUCUUCUUUUUUGUUGUUGUUGUUGUGACUGUCGUCUCAAUAAAAUUUAAAGAAAAGAAGAAGAAGAAAAUUGAGAAAAGAGAGAGAGAGAGAGAGAGAGACAAAACUACAAAAAAAAAGACUAUAAUAAUAAUAAAAAAGAAAGAAAUAAUAAUAAGAGAAGAAACAAAAGCGAAGGAAGAAAGAAAAAGAAAAAAAAAAUUUAAAACGGACGACACGGAGAAAGGGAUUCAGCUGCGGAAGUUUGUUUCUAUUACCGAUGCAGGAUAUCAUUCAAAUGUGCAGCAGCUUUGAUGCCAGCAAGUCGACCAAGGGGGCCAGCAAGCUGCGCCGUGACCUGAUCAACACAGAGAUAGGUCACUUGCGAGACCUGCUCCCCUUGCCGGCCUCUACACGCCAGCGCCUUUCCCAGCUGCAGCUCAUGGCCCUGGUGUGUGUCUAUGUCAGGAAAGCCAACUACUUCCAGCAAGUUUUCAAACGACACGACCUCGGUCAGAUGCCAACGCCCAGCAUCGGCUUCUCCAAGGCGAUGAACGGUUUCCUCAUGAUGAUGACACAAAACGGCAAGCUCCUCUACAUAUCCGACAACGCCGCCGAAUACCUCGGGCACUCCAUGGAGGACUUGCUGAUUCACGGCGACAGCGUGUACGAUAUUAUCGACAAGCAAGAUCAUCAGAACGUCCAGAACGAGCUGGGGCGACCGCCUGGAAGUAGCAGCGGCGGCAACGUCGUUGGUCCUCACGCCGUUGUCACGCCGGCCGACGAUGCCCGCAUCUUCCUUUGUCGCAUGAACGUUUCGCGCAACGCUCGACGGCAGAUGCGCUUCGGCGAUCAAAAGGUGAUUUUGGUAGAGGGUCACUUCGUGUCAUACCUUCCGCUGUGCACGCGGAACGAACCGGUGCUGAUCGCCACCUGCACACCGGUGGCCAUGCCGGAGACCCGCGAAUGCGUCGUCCAGGGAGCCACCAAUAUUUUCACCUCCGUUCACAACAUGGACAUGAAGUUCGCCUCCAUCGACGCCAGUGGCGAGUUCUACCUGGGCUAUUCACGGCAAGAGCUGCUCGACGUGUCAUGGUACCAGCUACUACACUGGGAUUUCAUGAGGGAAGCCCAGUCCAAGCACAGAUUAAUCACCCAAUCGGAGCAAGAUCGAUCCUGCAUUCUGCUCGUCCGGCUGCAGCGACGCAAUGGCACCUGGCUUUGGAUUCAUUGUGUUCUACAGGUUAAGGACGCAACUGAAGCUGGCCAACAGCCCGUCAUUAUCUGUACCAAUCAGGUUCUCAGCGAGAGAGAAGCGCAGGUGAUGCGAGCCAACAGCUGGCUUUAUCAUUUCUAUCUGGUCCAGACGAAGCUGCAGUACGGCAUGAAUUACGAGGGCCAGCCAGCGGCGCAGCAACAAGCCAGUACGUCCCGUUCGUCAGCUUCUGCCUCUUCGCCUGGCGGCGGUUAUGGAUACUCGCAUUUAAUGAACAAUCCGAGCCCCGUGCCGUCGUCUUGCAGCGCGUCCGGGGACACAUCCAACACUCCGCAGCCUGUCCAUUUUCAGCAGCAGCAGCAGCAGCAACAACAACAACAACAACAACAACAGCCACAACAUCUCGUUCCUCCGCCUCUAACGUCCCCCCUGUACGUCCCUCCGCCAGCUCCGCACCACCAUCACGCGCACAAUCAUUUGUACUCGUCGCCGGUGAUGGAUACGUAUCAGCAUUUUGCUUUGCAUCCGCAACAACAACAGCAACAGCAUCAACAUCACCAUCAUCAGCAUCACCAUCAACAGCAGCAGCAACAGCAUCACAUCCAUCCGCAAAGCGGAUCUUCCAAUACGACGUCUGGCAAUGCCAGCAACCCGCAUUUCGCGUUCGCUCCGUCGCCGAACGCGGGACAUCAUCAAAAUUAUUCGGCAGUUGGAGGGCCUUUCUCUCUCGGUCAAGACGCCAGUCCUUAUCAGUCCGGUCACCAGCAACUGCAGCACAACAUCAAAACGGAAGCGUAUCUUUCCGAUAUCGGUGACCGGCCGGAAUUGGGAGGCUAUCACAUCAAAAUUGAAGCUAAAUCCGACGAAUUCCAGCAGGCUUCCGCGAUGGAUUCGACCGCAAUGACAUCUGGCGUGUACGGGUCGAGCGCUGUCAAAGAGGAGCCUGUAGUUACUGAAUCGCCCGAAGAUGCGAUGAGCCCAGCAUCGUCUCCGCCUCGCAAACGGUACAGAUUGAUGGCCGCUACCUUGCCCAGUUCCACUCCGCCUUCCGCUUUCCCCCCUAACGGGAGCGGCAUCGGUGGGGAUCACCAGCAGUUGCAUCAGCAAACGCAUCCGCAACAGCAUCAACACCAGCAGAACGAUUGGCAUCGAAACCACCGCAACGACCACCAUCCGCAUUCCGGUUACGGCCAGUCCGUCUGGCCCAAUGCCGGAUGGAUCAACACGAGCUAUUCCGUCGGUUUGGCCCAGCUGGAAGAAGCGGGCUACGAUAGCCCCGACAUGGCGUACGAUCGCGAUAGCUCCUUCUCGCCGUUGGUCGGCAUCUCCAUCGGAAGGGCAUCGUCUCCUUUGUCCGCAUCCUCGCCAUCCAACCACGCCCAGCAUCGAAGACUGUUGCUCCGCCGCAAGCAACAGCCGGCCUCCGCCAUGGAUUCGACCGACUCUUUGCCGCACGGCCGCUACCAUUCGGCCGGGACUGUUCAACGCGUGUCGGAUGUCUCCAUGACGAUGCCUCCGGAAUUGUCGCCCCUCGGCUACGUCCUGACGCCGGCGCCUACACCGCCAGACGCCGAAGAAGCGCCUUCCGUUUCCUACCCUCAGAGUGGCAGCAUCGUCGAGAUGGAGCAGCGAGUGCCGGCCUCGUUGUCGUCGGAGCCGGAGGGGGCCAACAGCAGCAUGAGUUUCAUCAACGCCGCCAUUUUGAGUGGCGUUCAGAACGACCUGGUUGAGAACCAAGCGAUCCUGCUCGCUCCGGCCAACCGCCAUUACGUCUAUCAUGCGGCUCCGUCCAGUGCGGCGUCGGUGGCAUCGGCCGCGUCGGCCGCGCCACCCGUCGAAACGGCGUGUGAUCCCACCCGUCCUACACCGUCGGCCGAUUACCAUACGCCGGCCACGCCUACCAGUAUGGAUUAUCCUAAGCCUUAAUCUCGCUAAUCUCCUCUUGCGUCCAGCUCUUUGUCGACGUUGCCGUUGGAAGUAUUUUUUAUUUUUUAUUUUUUUUCUAAUUUUUAACUUUUAAGUGUUUUGCGUAUGGCAUAUUGCCAACUGAAUGGCAUUAACUUUAGUAGCAGGAUUUUUUGUUUUAAUAUCUUUUUUAAUUAUAAAGAAAUUCUUUUUUUUUUUUUUUAAAUUAUCCACAAUUUUUGUUGGCAGAAAAAGAUGAACGGACAUCCUCUUUUGCUUCAAAAUCUAUGUCUUAUCCGAAUAUUUUUGGUUUCCUUAAAUUUUUUUUAGCCGAUUCAAUCUUUAAUAUAGUGGUAUACGAUCGCCCCUCCCCCCUAAAUGGGCUCUAAUUGGUUCUAAACCAGCCAGCACUUAAAUAUCCUUUUUUUUAUUUCAAAGUUUUCCAUUUUUUUUUUGCUGCCCAAUUGUGUCUUUGUGAAGUGUUUUAAAAAGCGCUCCGUCCCCUAUUGUGAACGUGAAUUCCGACACGUGAUUGCCCACCAGUUAAAAAGAUCCUGAAACGAUACUCGCCGCCCGUUGACGCAAUCAUCGACAUUCCUUUCAUGUUUUCCUAAUUCAAAUUUAAGUAUGCAAAUGAUUU